AUGGCUCUUCAAACAUUAUUAUUCCACAACCUCCUCAUACUAUCAUCCCUCUUUCCUCUCCUCUCUCUUGUCAAUUCCCAACUGAAAACAUACAUUGUCCACGUCAAGAAGCCUAAUAAAGUGGACGAUGAUAAUCCCUUGACAAGCUACCACUACUCCUUUCUCCCUCCCACAGUACCCAACAAUUCAUUGAUUUACUCGUACAAACAUGUCAUCAGUGGCUUCUCCGCAAGACUAACCUCUCAACAAGUCAAGGCCAUGAAGAAGGCCAACGACGCUUUCAUUUCAGCCCAUGUCCAAACCGUAUACCAUCCCUUAACCACCCGCUCCCCUCAAUUCCUCGGGCUCAACCCACGUGCCGGAGUCUGGAAGCAAACCGGACUCGGCCGAGGAAUCAUCAUCGGCGUUGUCGACACCGGGAUUUUCCCGACCCACCCUUCGUUCAGCGACCACGACAUGCCCUGUCCACCCCCCACGUGGAACGGGGCGUGCGAACCACCCGUAUCGUGCACCCGCAAAAUCAUAGCCGCACGCUCGUUCAGCGCGGGCAGCGACUUCUCCACAUACAACGAGUCGAACCCGGUAGACUACACGGGCCACGGAACACACACGGCCAGCACCGCCGCCGGCGGGUUCGUACCGAACGCAAAUGUUUUUGGGCAAGCGUACGGGACGGCGGCCGGGAUGGCCCCAAACGCACACCUGGCGAUAUACAAAGCGUGCUUCAACAACGACUGUCUCGAGAGCAACAUUCUAGCCGCCAUGGAAGCCGCCAUCGACGACGGGGUCGACAUCCUGUCGCUAUCCCUCGGAUCGUCCAAGCCGUUUUACAAAAACAUCUUAGCGCUAGGCGCUUACAACGCAGCUAAAAAGGGGAUACUCGUGAGCUCCGCGGCCGGGAACGACGGUCCUGCCGAGCGUACGAUGCUUAACGAAGCGCCGUGGAUGCUCACCGUCGGGUCGAGCACGAUCGACAGAAGGAUUCUGGCCUCCGCGAGAUUGGGAAACGGGCGGGAGUUCGACGGUGAAUCCGUAUUCCAGCCGAAGAAUUUCCCCGGAGCGCUCCUGCGCGUCGUCUACCGCGCGGGCCCCGACGGGAGACAAUAUUGUUACAACGGUUCGUUGGCUGGAAUCGACGUUCGGGGGAAGGUGGUAUUGUGCGACGGGUCUCUACGAAUCUACCCGGUGGAUCAAGGCAAAGAAGUGAAAAAGGCGGGCGGUGCAGCCAUGAUACUUGCCAACGAUGAAGCUCAACAGUUUAGCCAUCAGUCGUACGCUCUUGUUCUUCCGGCCACAACAGUGUCGUAUGCCGCGGGUCUAAAAAUAAAGGCCUACGUGGAAUCGGAAUCAUAUCCUACCACAACCAUCUUAUUCAAGGGGACGGUACUUGGGGGGCCGUUUGCUCCGGCGGUUUCUUACUAUUCGUCGAGAGGGCCCAGCAAACAAACCCCCGGUAUCUUGAAACCGGACAUCAUUGGACCGGGCGAAAACAUUCUGGCAGCGUGGUCGCCUUUGGGGCCCCCGGAUAAUCUGGGGGUCAUUUACAAAAUCUUCUCGGGCACAUCAAUGUCGUGCCCCCACCUCAGCGGCAUAGCAGCUCUGGUCAAAAGUGCCCACCCCAAUUGGUCGCCGGCAGCCAUAAAAUCAGCAAUUAUGACGACGGCUGAUCUUGUGAAUGCCCAAGGCCGGCCAAUUCUCGACGAGAAGCUUACUCCAGCCGACAUUUUAGCGGUGGGCGCUGGACACGUCAACCUGUCUAGGGCGAUCGAUCCUGGUCUAGUCUACGACAUUGAAAUGGACGACUACAUCGCGUACAUAUGUGGCUUGGGCUACACGAAAGAACAAGUUGAAAUAAUCACGCAAGAACCGGUCGACUGCACGACCAGAAUUAAACAAGGACAGCUCAACUACCCCACGUUCUCGGUUUUGCUUGGUCGGUCGAACACAACAUUUUCGAGGACGGUCACUAACGUCGGUGAGACAGUCGCAAGUUAUUCUGUGAAGAUUUUCGCGCCACCGUUUGUGAACAUUGUGGUGAAGCCAUGUAAGCUGUAUUUUACGAGGUUGAACCAGAAAGCAACGUAUCAAGUGACGUUCUCGCGGUCUAACACCAUGAUUAUAUGGAGAAACAGUUCAAUAGUUACCCAAGGCACGAGGACACUGAACGGGGUCACGUGGGACGAGGCUGCGCGCGGGCUGCCUGCACACGAGUCGCGCUGGGACUGCGCGUGGAUCGCUCGGGGCUGUUGGUGGGUCACAAAAGAUUGCGCGUGCAAGGCGCCCGUCUGGACAAAAACUUUUCCUGGUAAAAUUCAAGUGCUGACUGGGUGA